UCGAUGGCAAGCGAACGAUGGAAGGAUGAUAUCGCAUACGCGAUGACUCCCUUCAAAUUGUUAACGUGGCCCAUCGGUGUCUGGCCUCUUCAAGUUUAUAACAUUUAUUCGCUUAUAAGAUGCGUUUUAGCCACUUGUUGCAUGAGCAUAAUAGUGACUUUACCCACCAUGGAGAUUCACAUGGGCUGUACCGAUGCAGGGCAAAACAUUGACAGCAUCAUGUUGAUCUUCUGCGGUAUACUAGGAGUGCUGAAAACAGUAUGUUUCCGCAUUUAUGCGGAAAAUUUAACUAACAAUUACGGAUCAGCCCGGAAUGAUUAUUUGACAAUUAGAAAUACGGAGCAUCGUGCCAUCAUGCGAAGACACGCCUUUAUGGGAAGGCUUCUAUCCUGUUUUAUGGUGUGCUUCUCUUACUUUAGCGUGACGGUAUAUUCGCUAAUUCCUCUUCUGGGUGAUGACGAAGACAACCAGAUGAACGUAACGGACGAGGACAUUGUACUUGAAUAUCCGAUGCCAUCAAGAUGCGCAUUGGAAUAUUUCAGUGUCCCGGAGAGCUUAUAUAAAAUUAUCUGUCUCUUUGAAUUUAUCGUGCUAAUACUUACGUGUACUUGUAAUCUCGGUAACGAUUCUCUCUUUCUGAAUAUUACAUUACACGUUUGUGGUCAAGUAAAAAUUUUAAAGGCCAGUUUCAUCGAUUUUGAUGUUUCAAGUUCGCAAGUCUACGAUCGUUUUAACGCUUUAAUUAAAAGAAUGAGCUAUCUUAUAGACAUGGCUAAAGAAUUAGCCAAUGCCAUCAGUUUUGUUUUAUUGAUGCAAUUAUUUCUUAGCAGUAUCUUGUUAUGUAUAAUGGGCUUUCAAUUUAUUUUAGCGUUUAAAAUGAACGAUAUCGUCAUGAUGGGGAAAAGCUUAACAGUAUUGUGCACUUUUCUGACGCAACUUACAGUGUAUAGUUUUGUCGGAGAUUACCUGAAAUCUCAAAUGGAAGAAGUUGGACUUUUUAUUUAUCAAAGCGUUUGGUACGAUCUUCCUGGAAAAUUGUCGAAAAAUUUAAUCUUUAUCAUCAUGCGGGCACAGUCUCCCGUCAAGCUGCAAGCUGGAAAUUUUAUCGUGGUAAACCUGGCAACAUAUAUGAGCAUCCUGAAAACCUCCAUGUCGUACUUAUCUGUACUCCGCGUAAUGGUAGAAACUUGAGAUAUAAAAUAAUACGUUUCGUGAAAAGAAAUCUUACAAAUUACAAAUCGACGUUUGGAAAGUACGUUCAAAAAUAUAGGAGUCUACAGUAGUAAAAAUUUACUCCAAUUUGGUUUCAAUAAAACAACUAAUCAUAAUCAUUAUGCGACUAUCCAUUCGUGCCAAACCACACUGAGAAAAAUAAUCAUAAU